AGAUCGCUCCAUCCCUUCGACUUGUCCUCAUCGGCGACUCGGGUGUGGGCAAGUCAAAGUCGCGCGAACUGUUUCUGAACACUGUCCCAGGCCAGGUUCACCAGGAUGAAAACAGCCCCGAUAUUACCGCUCUCUCUAUUCAGGACAAGCCAGAAGGAGAGGCUUCCGAACAGGAAACAAACGGAGCUGCUGCUGCAGGAGGACAGACCAACGGACACACAAAGCCCCAGACUCACGACUACCUCUACAAGGACUCUGUCAGCACCCUCGAGAUUCCUCAAUGGCUCUCGGUCACCGCAGCAAACAACGGUGACGACGAGGAGGGCGCGACCGGAAUGGUCCCGGCCGAAAACAUCGCCGUGCACGACUUUGUGGGCUAUGGUGAGUCCUUGGAUGCCCGCACGACCAUUGACAGGGUCGACGCCUUCUUGAAGGAGCAGUACGACGCCACCAAAAAUCUCUUUGGCCCUUCUAUCACUCCACUUUCGACCACCUGCCGCCCAGGACCUGCCUCGGCUGCACAACAGCCAGUCUUGCAACCCUUCCUGGAGCAGCUUCUUGUGGACUCGUCCAUGGCCCACACCCUCCCCGACGCCUGCCUCUACUUUGUUCUCUACGACCUCAAGCCUGUCGACAUUCACUUUAUGAAGCGCAUUAUGCGCCACGUCAACUUGAUCCCUAUCCUCGCCAAGGCCGACACCCUUUCUGUCAACCAACUCUGGAAGGCCAAGUCCAGGAUUCUGAAGCAGCUCGAGGAGAACCAGAUCGAGUUUUUCCAGUUCGGUUAUUCACUCGAGGAUCUGAAGGAGAUGGCGGCCGAGAAGAUGGCUGGUGGACCUCCUUUUGUCCUUUCGACCUCGGAGUUGGAGGUCCAAAAUGUUGGAGAACCGGCUGAUAGUCUGACAGAUUUGGCUCUGGCUGUGAACGAGGGUAGGUUCUCGGAGGGCCAUUCGGAUCUUUGUUUGCUUCAGACAUUGCUGUUGGGUCCCAAGAACAGGAUUCUGCAUCAGGCCUCUGUCAAGAAGUUUUUGAACCGCUGGAAGACUGAUUUGGGAUUGCCCUUGGAGGAGGAGCCGCAGCCAUCGCCAGCCGCUGGUUCCCCACCUUCGUCACAGGAGGCUGAGACAGCAGCUCCAGCUCCAGCACUCGCCCCUGUCGAGCAGGAGCAGACGGCUCAGGCCCUUGAACAACCCUCUCAACAGCAACAACAACCUGAACAGAAGGAGCAGGUGCAGGAACCAGUUCAGCAAUCGCCAACCCAGCAACAAUCAACUUUCCAAUACCAGCACAAUACUACUCCUCAACACACCCUGCCUCCUUCGUUGCAGCAGCAGACGUACCAGCCUACAUCUUCGUACACCCCUUCGCCAUACCGGGGGCAGUCGUCGCAGAGCAGUCUGUUGGGAAGUGGAGGAGCACCAGGCAGCAAGGAGAAAGACGAUGAGCUGGGCCAGGUGUUCAAGCUGAGCCGGGCCCAGAGUGUUAUUCGAUCGGCGUCGCCCUCGGCCAAAAUCUAUACCCAGGGCAGCAUUGUCCCUGCUAUGCCCACGUCGAACCUGAGCAACUCAAGCUCGCCCACCUCUCCUUCGUCGACACCCCCACCCAGUUCUUUGGCUGCCUCUGCCACCCACUCUGCCACUGCUUCCGAGUAA